AUGACUCCAUCCCCAACCUCCCAUCCCAUCCCCCAACCCCACUUGGCCAACAUGACUCCACCCCCAACCUCCCAUCCCAUCCCCCAGUCCCACCCAGCCAACACGACUCCACCCCCAACCGCCCAUCCCCCAGCCCCACCCAGCCAACACGACUCCACCCCCAACUGCCCAUCCCAUCCCCCAACCCCACUCGGCCAACAUGACUCCACCCCAAACUCCCAUCCCAUCCCCCAACCCCACUCGGCCAACAUGACUCCACCCCCAACCUCCCAUCCCAUCCCCCAACCCCACUCGACUUCCCCACUAACGGCAAAUAACAAGAAAGAAAAACAGUCAAAGUGGCCUAAAGACACAAGAUCCUCCACCCUCCUGCCCUUCCUCCACCCUCCUGUUCUUCCUCCACCCUCCUGUUCUUCCUCCACCCUCCUGCCCUUCCUCCACCCACCUGCCCUUCCUCCACCCACCCCUGCCCUUCCUCCACCCUCCUGCCCUUCCUCCACCCACCUGCCCUUCCUCCACCCUCCUGCCCUUCCUCCACCCACCUGCCCUUCCUCCAACCCUGCCCGCCAUCCACCCACCUGCCCUUCCUCCACCCUCCUGCCCGUUCCUCCACCCACCUGCCCUUCCUCCACCACCCAGCCCUUCCUCCACCCUCCUGCCCACCCUCCACCCACCUGCCCUUCCUCCACCCACCUGCCCUUCCUCCACCCACCUGCCCUUCCUCCACCCACCUGCCCUUCCUCCAACCACCUGCCCUUCCUCACCCACCUGCCCUUCCUCCACCCUCCUGCCUUCCUCCACCCACCUGCCCUUCCUCCACCCUCCUGCCCUUCCUCCACCCUCCUGCCCUUCCUCCACCCUCCUGCCCUUCCUCCACCCACCUGCCCUUCCUCCACCCACCUGCCCUUCCUCCACCCUCCUGCCCUUCCUCCACCCUCCUGCCCUUCCUCCACCCACCUGCCCUUCCUCCACCCUCCUGCCCUUCCUCCACCCUCCUGCCCUUCCUCCACCCUCCUGCCCUUCCUCCACCCUCCUGCCCUUCCUCCACCCUCCUGCCCUUCCUCCACCCACCUGCCCUUCCUCCACCCACCUGCCCUUCCUCCACCCUCCUGCCCUUCCUCCACCCUCCUGCCCCUCCACCCACCUGCCCUUCCUCCACCCUCCUGCCCGCCCUCCACCCACCUGCCCUUCCUCCACCCACCUGCCCUUCCUCCACCCACCUGCCCUUCCUCCACCCACCUGCCCUUCCUCCAACCACCUGCUCUUCCUUCACCCACCUGCCCUUCCUCCACCCUCCUGCCCUUCCUCCACCCACCUGCCCUUCCUCCACCCUCCUGCCCUUCCUCCACCCACCUGCCCUUCCUCCACCCACCUGCCCUUCCUCCACCCUCCUGCCCUUCCUCCACCCACCUGCCCUUCCUCCACACAAUAUUAACCCCAAACCCGCCCUCCACCCACCUGCCCUUCCUCCACCCUCCUGCCCUUCCUCCACCCAAUGCCCUUCCUCCACCCUAA